CCAACUUGCAAUCCAGAUGUUUGGGUGAACCUUGCCUGUACAUACUUCCUCCUGGGGAUGUAUACACAAGCAGAGCAAGCAGCUUUGAAAGGAGAAUUAUGAUGAAGUUUCCUUCCUAAAAAUACCUUGGGCAUAUGGAGCAGCUGGAACUAAAAGAAGCAUCUGGAAAAUAAUUUCUUAUCAAUUUUAAAUAUAAAACCCAGCAUAUGCCAACCAGCAACAAAAGGUUACAUUUCUUUUGACUGAUUCUGUGUCCCUCAGCCAGCACAGAUGAAGCAGAUUAAGCCAGUGAAAUUAUAAAAAAAUAAGCAUCUGAGAGGAUUCAGCAUUCUCCCUGAUGAAGACAAGAGCUCUGUUUACGUAGUUUGAGUGACUUAGUAGGUGGUCUCGUUGCCUGGUAAGUCACAUGUUAGGUAUCUGAUUCUUCAAGGCAUGGAGCUCAAUAGUCACAUUAUUACAGUUCUACUUUAAUCUGAACCUGCAUGGGAUCAUUUAAAGAGAAGGAAUGGAAAUUAGAUUCCAGGGAAAUUUUUACUGCUUAAAAAUGUUUCUGUAGUUUAAUUUUGUUGUCCAUCACUUUUUAUGUAUCUUAGUGAUUUAUAUUGUUUUCUAUAACUAUACUAUCUCAGUGCUUUUUAAGUAGAAUUAAUAAUAGUGAUAUCUCACUCAACUUAUGACUCUUGCCUUCUUAGGGGAAAACUCUUACUGAAGGACUGUUUUCUCCUUUCUUUCAUUAGUCUUCUUGUCUUGGGCUGAAAAUAGGGGAAGAAAAUAAUCAAGUAUUUCUUCUGCUGCAAAGGAGAGCCUUUCUAAAGGACAGCUUUGUAGCAUUUUUUAAAAGUAAUUAGGUUCCCAUAUCCCUUUAAAAUCCUUGUAAAGAUCAUGCUGCACUUGAAUCCCACAACUGGAAAUGUUUUUUUAUUUUCAGUUGUAAAAAAUCUCAUGCAAAGCUUUGUGAUUUGUAUUGCUCAAGAGGUGUGUAAAUUUCUAAUAUUUACAAGUAAUUUAAUCUUUAAUGUACCAAAAAUUUGAGCUUUGGAGAUUGCAACAUGGGACUUGAAGUGAAUCUAAAAAUAAAUGGGCAAUAGAGCUUUGAGAUGUCACUGUGACCUAUAGCAUGGAGGAGGCAAGCAGCUGCAUCCUGUACGAGUUGGAGCCAUUGUCACCAGCUUCACAUCUUGUGAGUUACAGUAAUCCAUUCUAGAGAUGACAUAUACACAGCUGGGCAUGCACAUUUAUUAACUGUGAGCUGGAGGUGUGGGAAGGUUAAUGUUUGUCAUGCCCCUUCAGACUAAUUAAUAGUAGUAUGGUGAGUGGCAGAGUAAGGGGUGCAGUUAGUGGUACUUGGGUGCUGGAGGGAAGAGUAGGAAUAUUAAGAAAGCAAGGGUGGGAGGCAGUGUAGCUAAAGAAAAAUAAGAAAAUAACUGAGUGGUCACAUUAGUUCAGUUCUUCAUUUCAUGUAAUUCUUUAAGAUGGACAGCAUGCCAGUUUUUAUAAUGAAGUGCUAAACCUUUCUUGUGUGUACUGUAAUCCUUGAUUUCUGGCUACUUAACCUUGGUGAGGAAGCAAUCACAGCUGAGGAUUUUUAGCACUUGUCCUUUCUCCGCUGGAAGCUUCCAAGUGUGGUAUAUCCCCCUUUCAAUCAUUCUUACAUUGAGUUUAAACCUUUUUAUUUUUCUUAAGUCAGAUGCUCUUUUAGUGUUUUUUUAUCAAUUUAGGAUUGCAUCAGUGGUGGCUGCUUGCAAUAUAUUGUUGACAGCUGAGACCAUAUAAUCUUGUGCUCUCUUCCAUGGUUUUGCAAAGAUCUUGAAGGAGCAAAAUACUUCCUUUGAACAGCACCUAAGAGUGGUCUCCAGAACCGUUUACUCUUUCACCUGGCACAUAAGUUCAGUGAUGAAAAGAAACUGAUGAGCUCUCACCAAAACCUGCAAGAUGUUACGGAAGAUCAGCUUAGCCUGGCAUCUAUCCACUACAUGCGGUCCCAUUACCAAGAAGCUAUUGAUAUCUACAAGCGCAUUCUGCUGGAUAAUCGGGAAUACCUGGCUCUGAAUGUAUAUGUGGCCCUGUGCUAUUACAAACUGGAUUACUAUGAUGUGUCACAGGAAGUGCUAGCUGUUUAUCUUCAGCAAGUUCCUGACAGCACCAUUGCUCUUAACCUUAAGGCUUGUAACCAUUUCCGACUUUACAAUGGAAAGGCUGCAGAGGCAGAGCUCAAGAACUUGACAGAUAGUGCCUCAUCAUCUUUUGAGUUUGGCAAGGAGCUCAUUAAGCACAAUCUGGUGGUUUUCCGAGGAGGAGAAGGGGCUUUGCAAGUCCUACCUCCUCUGGUUGAUGUUAUUCCUGAGGCAAGACUGAAUCUUGUGAUUUACCAUCUCCAGCAAGAUGAUGUGCAGGAGGCUUAUAACCUGAUUAAGGACCUGGAACCUACAGCUCCACAGGAGUACAUCCUCAAAGGGGUGGUAAAUGCAGCACUUGGACAAGAAAUGGGCUCGAGAGAUCAUCUGAAAAUUGCUCAACAGUUCUUCCAGUUGGUGGGGGAAUCAGCCAGUGAAUGUGAUACCAUUCCAGGGAGACAGUGCAUGUCCUCCUGCUUCUUUCUUCUUAGACAAUUUCCUAAUGUCCUAAUUUACCUCAACUCAAUCAAGAGUUACUUCUACAAUAAUGAUACUUUUAACUUCAACUAUGCCCAAGCCAAAGCUGCAAUGGGAAAUUUUAGUGAAGCUGAAGAGGUGUUCCUUUUGAUCCAGAGUGAGAAGAUAAAAAGUGAUUUUGUUUACCUUAGCUGGCUGGCUCGUUGCUAUAUUAUGAAUAAGAAGCCACAGCUGGCCUGGAAGCUCUAUCUGAAGAUGGAAACCUCAGGAGACUCCUUUAACCUGUUGCAGCUUAUUGCAAAUGAUUGUUACAAAAUGCGUCAAUUUUACUAUUCAGCCAAAGCCUUUGAUGUUCUGGAGAGACUGGACAAUAAUCCUGAGUACUGGGAAGGCAAGAGAGGUGCCUGUGUGGGUGUAUUUCAGAUGAUCUUAGCUGGCCGAGAAGCAAAAGAAACUCUGCGGGAAGUACUGCACCUUCUGAAGAGCACUGGUAAUUCUCAAGUAGAAUACAUUGUUCGCAUCAUGAAAAAGUGGGCCAAGGAGAACAGAGUCCCUGUUUGAGUCAGUGUCACAAAAUGAACUAGGUCAGUUGCUACUGUAUGUCUGGCUGCAAGACAAGAGUCUUGUUCUCCUGUGCAUUCUGGGCAUCUCCUUCCUUGCAGGACUUCAGGCAUUCAAGCAGGUUGACCUAGCUGAGGAGGAGUGUCCUGCAGUGAGAUUCAAAACAUAUAGUAUGUUGUUUUUUUGGUGGUUUUUUUUUUAUUUUUUUCUUUUAAUUAAAACUUUAUUGGUACUUUUUCUGUUGCACCACUCCAUUCUUUGAAAAAAGUUUCAUUUUUUUCAAUAGUAGUUUAACUGUCCACAAAUCAAAAUGCACCUCAAAUGUUCCCCUAAUUCCUCCACAAGAGUUACUGAACUGCAUAGUGGGGUUUCUUUUCCCAGCAAGCCUUCUGGCCUCUGGAGAAGAAUCAUUUGUUACAUGAUUCAGACAAACCUUCAGCAAGUGAUGGAAUGUAGCAAAUGGAGAUUGUGACAGUGAUACCACUAGGCAUUACUAGGGUAUUGGAUAAUACAAAAGGCUUAACAUAGAAUCAUAUAAUCAUAAAAUGGCUUGGAUUGGAAGGGACAUUAAAAAUCAUCUAGUUCCAACCUGCCAUGGGCAGGUACAGCUUUCACUCAGAGCUGUUCAGGUGCCUCAGAGCUUUAUCCAACCUGGCUUUAAAUAGUUCAAAGGAUGGGCCAUCCACAACCGCUCUGGGUAGCUUGUUCCAGUGCCUCACUACCCUCAUAGUAAAGAAUUUCUUCCUGAUAUCUAAGCUAAAUGUAAUCUCAGUUUGAAACCAUUUGCUCUUGUCCUGUCACUACAUGCCCUUGUGAAAAGUCUCUCUUCUUUAGGACUUUUAUAGAUUACCUGUCUGGGGUAAAAUACAAACCAUAUUCUGAGGAGUAUCAUUUUCUGGAUGAAUUUCAAUUACCAAUACCCUAAUUUGGAGGUUCCUUGUCUGUAAGGAUUGUUUUCUCUCUUACCUUUUUCAGAGCACGGAGACUUAUUUGACUGACAGUACUGUUCAAUCUCACUUUGAAAUUUAACACUCAAAACAUUUAUUCAUGUUAAUAUAGUUCACAUGAGAACUUUAGUGAUCUGAUAGAUAAAAAGAUCUGAUUUCUUUUCUUUAGCAUUUACCACCAUCAUGAGCAAUAUAUUCAUUAUACUUCUGGAUUUAUUAUACUCUCCUGUUUUUUUAAGGAGAACAGUUCAGGGAAUACAUAAUUCUGAGAGAAGGCAACAGUUGUAACAAAAAAUGUGUUAUACAUUUGGUAGUAAAAAAAUUUGUAUAUUAUUUGUAAAAGGAAGCUUUACAUUUUAUAAAUUUGUGAAAUACUUAAGAAGUAUUUUUUUUAUCUUUUGAGGGGAAUUCAGAAUACCAUAUUCUCUACUGUCUGUGCAUUGAUUAAAGUUCUUACUUGAAUCUA